ACGCGAUACUCAGAUUCAUCAUCGUUGGAAUUAUGGAUUCAACAUGCAACUUGGUGUUUGCACAAUUUAGAAAGUUUACAAACCGGAAGGAGAUGACUACCAGCUCCUGUCUUCUGCUUCUCGUUCUAUGUCUUGCAAGCAGCAGAGCAGAGAACGCAGAGGAGCGUCUGGUGAACCACCUGCUGGGGCCAGAACGCUACAACAAACUGAUCCGACCUGCAGUGAACAAGAGCCAACAGGUCACCAUCUCCAUACAAGUUUCUCUGUCCCAGCUCAUCAGUGUGAAUGAACGGGAACAGAUAAUGACGACCAACGUGUGGCUCUUCCAGGAGUGGAAUGACUACAGGCUCAGGUGGGACCCAGAAAAAUAUGGUGGCAUUAAGAAACUGCGAAUACCAUCAAAACUCAUCUGGCUGCCAGACAUUGUGCUCUACAACAAUGCGGAUGGUGUUUAUGAAGUCUCCUUUUAUUGCAACGCUGUGGUGUCCAACACAGGGGACAUCUUCUGGCUCCCUCCGGCCAUCUACAAGUCGGCCUGUCCCAUUGAGGUUCAGAACUUCCCAUUCGACCAACAGAACUGCACCCUCAAGUUCCGCUCCUGGACCUAUGACCACACAGAGAUCGAUGUAGUCCUCACCAGUGACUACGCCAGCAGAGACGACUUCACGCCCAGCGGAGAGUGGGACAUUGUGUCUUUACCAGCACGCAAAAAUGAAGACCCUAAUGACAUAACCUACCUGGAUAUUACCUAUGAUUUUAUUAUUCAGAGGAAGCCGCUGUUCUAUACUAUUAACAUGAUCAUCCCUUGUAUUCUGAUCACGUCGUUGGCCAUCUUGGUUUUCUACCUGCCGUCAGACUGCAGAGAGAAGAUGACGCUGUGCAUUUCAGUGCUCCUGGCGCUAACUGUGUUCCUGCUGCUAAUAUCAAAGAUAGUACCACCCACCUCCCUGGCAGUGCCCCUCAUAGGUAAAUACUUGAUGUUCACUAUGGUACUGGUCACAUUCUCCAUUGUGUCCUGUGCCUGUGUCCUGAACGUUCACCACCGCUCCCCCUCCACUCACUACAUGCCCGACUGGGUCAAACGUAUCUUCCUCGUACGCCUCCCAUACUUCCUGUUUAUGACCCGCCCUCGAUCCAACAACAGGGACAAGCUCAAGGUGAAGUUCCCAAUCCGGAGUACCACAACACUCAACUCACAGCUCUCCAGUAUAAGAUUAGGAGGGGACUUCUAUGCACAGGAAGACUAUUCACAAAAGUACUGCUGGAAAGGAACUGAACUGCCAGAAGGAGGGGGCGGAUUCUCUGACUUUGGCAGGUCCCUGGGUCACCCACUGGACCCUGCUCUGGAGGAGGCCGUGGAGGGAGUCAAGUACAUCGCUGAACACAUGAAGACUGAAGAUGAUGAUGAAGGGAUAAUUCAGGACUGGAAGUACGUGGCCAUGGUGAUUGACCGCAUGUUCUUGUGGAUCUUCAUCUUGGUGUGUGUGGUGGGGACCCUGGGCCUCUUCAUGCAGCCACUGUUUCAAAGCUGGAACACGCCCACAGCCGAUGACACAGAGUAUGGAGAUUUCUAGGAGCUACAGUUGACGGCAUAAAAUGUUUUAUUUACUAUUUAGCUGGAGUAUUAUGGACUGCACUGUUCUCCUAUGCUUUGGAGUGUAAGUGUAGCCAGCCAGCAAUGAGUGGGAACAGCAAGUUGGACAUGAAGCUGUGGCAUCCUAAACCUUUUUUUUCCCUUACUUGUUGCUAUGCCCAGACAAUGGGCUACAGAUGUUUUUGAUAAUAAUAUCUAUUUAUACUGUAAACCUAAUGUAUCAAGUACAGCAUAGUAAUACUAUUUCUGCUGCCAUCUUUACAAGUCAUGGACAAGUCACUCAUAUUAUUGGUUGGAUCAUAUUUUCUAAAAUGUUAUUAUUCAUAUGAAUAAUAUAAGUCCUGUAGCAUAAUCAUUAACAUACCACUUUGUUGUCUGUAACAGUAACGUAUCUAUUUUAGUCUGUAAUAUGUCACAAUGUAUUAACUCACAAAAUACACAGUGAAUUUGUCACUGGUUGUCUUUGAUGUGUUUAUCAGAUGUUUAUCAGAUGUGUACACACUGUGUAUGUUACUCACCCUGUCAUAAAAUGCCUUAAAUAUUGAAUUAAAAGGUCAC